AUGGCUGAUGACGACAGCCUCCAGGCCCUCGAGGCGCUGCACCGCGACCUCUGCGCCCUCAUUGACAACCGCCUCACUACGCUCGAUCGUCUGCGCCAGAACCUCGAGGACCACCUCGACGAAUUCAAAGCGCUCGUAAACAAAAAGGGAAAGAACGAUCAAAGCAGGAAUGCGCUCGGCUCGGGCAAGAUCACGAUUGACGAAGAAGAGUAUGAGGUAAACGACGAAUUUAAGCAGGAGGCCCUAAAUGUAGCCGAAGAGCUGGAUCUGGAUGAGCUGGAAGCUGCUGCAUGCUUCAUGGGUGCCCAGCAAGAGGCGCAAGACCUCGACCGCCCGCAGGCGCAAACUGCCAUUAUUCGCUUCCAUCGUCGCCGCGAAUACAUCCUUCUGUGCUUGCGUAUUCUGAUGAAGGCGGCGCUAGACAGUGGCGAAGACGAGAUUGCGGACAUUGGCACGCUGCAACUGGCCGUAGACUAUAUCGUUGGUGUUCAUGGGACGAACAACUUCGCGUCCGCAUAUCAUUUCUGGGGAAAGUGCCUAGACAGCAUGGGUGAUAUCGAAAACUGGUUGCAGAAAAUUGCGGAACGUCUUCAAAGUGUCCAAGUCGUUGGCCAGGCUCAAUCUGCGAGUUUUAAUGAGGUAAUGACUUAUCAGCUGCAGAGCCUCACCCGCCAGCACGAAAACCUUUCUGCCAUCUGUACGCACAUGAUCAGAAAGGGUUUCGCCAAUAUGGAAAACCUGAAGGCCCUCCUCGUUCGAGCAAGGAACAUCGAUAAACACGACCUCAUAACGAUUCACUACGUCCCCGUCUUAAUGCGCCUAAUCUCACAUAUUGCCUCUGAGGCGAAUACGGUAACCAAGGAUGCGAGGGCGCUCCAUAGCUCACUGCUUGCUGCCAGGGAUAACGAACCAUGGGCACAGCGAGGUCUGCAUGCAGCGACAUUAGCUUGGUGGUUAGCCGAGUACAGUGGACGAUACACCGAUCCAAACCAGCAGGACGUCGAUCUCAACGGUGUAGAUUUCGAGCAAGAAGCUACUUUUCGCUCUGAGGCUUUUAUGCGUACUCUCGACGACGGUGCAUUCCAUUUCAUGCUCUCUUUCAGCCAAGACGUUCGGCCAACGCGUUGGUACGAUCCUCAGAAGACCAGCAUGAUCUCGUCACUUUUGCAAGAUGCGGCCGUCUUGGCCCCUGAGUCACCUCAGCCUGAAGAGUUCUUUCGAAUUCUCGUGACUGAGCAGCUGCAGUACUUCGUGGAUUCCUUCAUCACUAACAUGCCUGAUACGUUACGGAAAUUAAAAGCGGAAGAGGACGACCAGCGGAGGCGCCUACAGCUACAUUUCCAACAGUCCACAGGAGAAUAUCCUCUGCAUCUCGAGCGGUUCCUUGUCAUCGUCUCCUACGCAUACGACGGCUCACCAGACGCUGCUGAAGACUUCUGGUCCGACAAGGAGAGCAACCUCUACGGUUUCCUCCAGUGGGCAGCCAAACGUCAACCUACGCCGCGGAUUGCUAUGUUCUGCGAAAUGCUUCGCGCAAUAUCUACUGGAAACGCCAACGCCGACUCUGCGCAUCGCUUUUUGUUGGAAGAAGGAGCAUCCUCUACUGGUAAAAUCCGACGUACCAGCUCUCUCAGCUAUACUCACAUAUAUAAUGAGUUGAUGGAAUUCCAGCUCAACAUUCAUGAGCCGAAGAAGACCAUCCAAGGUAGCUUGUAUGCACCGUCACAACAUGCGGUAGACCAAAUUGUGGAGCCUGAAAGUGCAACGAUGCUCGAAAGCUACCUGCGUUUGCUAGCCCAUCUCUGUCGCGAGUCUGCCUUGGCACGACGCUAUGUUCUAGAACAUCCAGAAUAUAAUCUGGUGGGUAUAUGCUUCGGGCUGUGCACUGACAAAGUUGUCACUGGCCUUCGCGCAGCCGCAUUCGAUGCUGCGUCGGCCCUGCUUGUGGAUAAGGGCAAGGAGCGGUCCACUGCGACGUGGAAUGCUCUGGAUGAAUGGACGGUUUCUGGGUUCUAUGUUAGCUCAAAGCAAACGAGUGCUCUGAACUCAAACCCGCGCGACGAAUUAUGGGCCACUCUUGCAGACGGGUAUGACGAGUCAAUCGCCUUCAUACGCCUGUUACAAGCUCUGGUGGAGCCAUAUCCGGACAACGACACGCUUAACGACAGUCUCCCAUUCCCAGAAGCUUUGGGCUCGAAUCGACGCAUUCCCGGCAUCGAGAACUACAUUGAUUUUGUCAUGCAGCAAGUAUUUGCAGACAGAAGCCUGGAAGUGCAAGAUCCAUUGCAGCGCCAUGUAUUGAGAUGGACCUGUCUGAAAUUCAUGGUCACGUGCUUGCAGACUUUCAACGAGAAUCUGGUUGUCUUUGCUAACAAGUCACACAUUCCCGUUGACGAAGUCAUAGAAACCUCAUCGUUGGCUGUAUAUGUCACCCUGCACCCUUUCACGAGGGUCAUGGAAUGGCUUUUCAACGAUAAGGUUAUCAAAGCCCUCUUCGCAUCGUCCCAUCACAACGUGGCCGAAGUUGAUGCCACUCCUACCGACUCACCAUUAGUUCAAUCGUUGAUGUUGAGCAUAGAGGUGAUGGACCUAGUCAUGAAGCUACAGGCUACCUACCUAGACAUCGUCCGUCCGCUGCUCAAGCAACAAACCUCUAUGCAGCGUUCACCCGUUUCGAACCUCUCGCUUGCCUCUUUCGAGGACGCGAUUCUCAACAACCUCCAAAUCAUCGUGGAUCUUGGCCUCUAUUGUGGUACCGGACACGAGUCGCUUACAAUUGCCUCUCUUCAACUCUUGGAGAAGAUGGCAUCAUCACGAAAGCUUGCAGUAUCCCCAGCCGGCUUUGGACAACGUACCGGCCGUAGCAAGAUCGUUGGAAUUCUCGAGAAAGACAACGAAGCAGAACGUAUCGGUCGAUCGUUAUCCAGCCUUCUCAAGUUCAAUGUGGAUGAGCUUGACGCUCUGCAAGAAGCACCAGGUUACAUCAUCAAACUCCGAAUCCUCGAAUUUCUCAACAGCUGCCUCAUCGCUGGGUCACAAAGGCCUACAAUAGCCCAUAUCCUUCUUGGCUUGUCCUGCGAGAACAACGCGGUAAAGGUUGCUCCCGACAGCCUUUUCGAAAACGAGAGUUCUCUAUUCCAUGCGAUUCUACUACUUGCUUACCAUUAUCCUGCUGAAGAUGGUGGUAAUUACAUUGCGUGGAUGUCCGUUAUCAAGACUAAGUGCUGGGAAAUCCUGCAGAGGUUGUGGAGAUCACCGUUGACUGGCAGCAUCGUCAUGGAGCAGAUGCGGGAAUUCGGCAUGCCCUUCGAGGAGGCGAUCCGCCUUCAAGUUGUUGACCUGCGUACCCCCUGGGAUGGAAUGUCCCUUCAGCAGGGCCUCGAAGAGGUCGCGGCGGGUGCGAUGUCGUCCUUCUUCACAGGCCAGCCUGCUCUUUCACUCCAACUUUUCCUACAGCGCCGCGCCGCUUUCCUGGAUUACGAGUCACGUGAAUUGCGAUACAGUGUGAAGGAAGGACUUUUUAGCUUGAGGACUAGAAUCCAGUCCCUUCUGCUCGGUACAGCUAUCCGACCCGGCGAAGACACCAUACGCACCGCAGACAUUUUCAACCUGUUUGACUUCAUGGAACUUUCCUACCCCGAGCCAGGCGAAAUGCACCACGAAUUCUUCAUCGGAGUCAACCUUGAAUCUUGUCAGGAAGACAAGGACGGCGUUGCCACGUAUUCAAUACCUCUUUUGGAACAGGUCAUGCUGCUGAAGAUGAAGUAUUGGAGAAAAUUUGAAGGUCUGGCUGGUGAAGAAGAGAUCAGGAGGGUACAAGAGGGUGAUAUGUUGCUUGAGCUCUUUGAGGAUUGGAAUCGUCGCAGACAACUCGCUCGCUAUCACAAAGACAUCUUGCAGUCGUGGGUCCAGCUGUUGAUGGUCACACUCCACGCAGGUGAAUUCGAUGACAGUGAACGAACGGCUUUCAUCCUCCAAGCUUUGCAAGUCAUUCUCCCUAAACUCGAGCUUUCUUACGGAACGGACCCGAGCACUGCAUUGCAAUUAGCUAGUCUUUCCGAGACCCUCAUCGAGAAAAUCGACCUCAAGUCCAAUGCUUUCGAAAAGACGAGGAAUGGCGAUCUGGCAAAUGAUCGGCUCUCACAGCUCUUCCGUGCAGCUCUAGCAGGCAUAUACAGCUCCAUCACAACCCCCGAGCUUCGAGAAUAUUGCUACCAGAUCUGUUUCCGGUAUAUCCAUGGCACCUUCGAAAAGGCCACCAGAGGCUCCCUGCUGGGACGGCACACGCUGACUACGAUUAAGAACUGUGGCAGCCAACUCUUAGAGGUAGUAUGCGAUGACGCAUACAGUGGCGACGGCAAUUGCCGCAUCUCAGCUUUGCUCCUGCUCAAUGCUCUUGUUGCAGUAGCCACUCGCCAGGAAUCCAAAUAUAUGCUUGACACAUUCGGCUCGCUGAACUUCACUGGUGUGCUCGUCGACAAUAUCAAGCACAUACCCGAGGAACUCAAAGCAGCUACUGGGCCUCAAAUAUCAACAUUACUAUCCUUCUACGACGCCAGUCUUGCACUCCUCCUCAGAAUAUGUCAAACCCACGUUGGCGCCACUUCCGUACUCAAUGCGGGCCUAUUCCCUUCCACCCGCGACUCGCGAAUUUUUGACGUGGAUCCGGAUAUUGGUCUCGAAUUCGAUGACCCCAACGCGCUCAAGAAGUACUAUGAGCUCAUGCUUGCUGUACUGCGCGUGAUCAACGCGGCGGUGCUGGCACGUGGACGCAACAAUGACCAGACGGUUUUCGCGGCCCGCGAAUUCCUCAAGGAGAGCAGACACAGCAUGGUCGCCAUUUUCAAGAGGAGUGUCAACGUCGGUGCGGGGAUAGGACAAGACGGCAUUCUAGUGGAGGACCUGAGCGAGUUGGUGGACUGCUUCACGGUUCUGGUUGAGGUCACCGGAUUCUUGGAGUUCGAAGAUUCAUCAAGCCAAAAGAAGGCGAGACAAAAUAUGUUUUCAUAG